UGAUAGUUUUAUUAUGUGGCUCUUUCAUGAAGUCAAUAUUACCAAGCCCUACUCUGGCUUUGUGAGUAAAUAACCGAACUCCGAGGGCCUCUUAAGCGAACGGGGCAGGAACAGGACAUGCCACCAUCGCUGUGGAAACAUGGGAGGGGCCUGGCCCCCGGGGUGCGGGGUUAUGACACGGGGUGACUGUUAAAAGGGCUCAGGUUGGUGCUGCAGACAUCAUUCCUCCAGCCCUCCAGCCCGGCUAUCCCAGCAGCAGCAUGCAGGUCCUGCGAGUGCCCAGCGCCCUGGCCCUUCUGGGGCUGGUCCUGACCCUGAGCAGCCUGAGCACUGCCACACAGCCAGAGCAGCGCUACCGCAGAGUCCUGCAGAGAGCCAGAGCGGCCGCCGCCAGCACACAGGACUGGAGUAAACGCGCAGUGGAGGACAUCCUGUCCCAGCUCGCUCCGCCUGAGGGCGAGGGAGCGGAGGCCCAGGUGUCCAGUGCAGAGGACAGCGAGGACGGCCGCAUGGAGCUGCAGCGGUCCGUGGACACCCUGCCGCCACGCGAACGCAAAGCCGGCUGCAAGAACUUCUACUGGAAAGGCCCCACUUCCUGCUGA